GGCACGCUCCAAACGCUCCCCACCGCUCUUCCCUUCACCCUCGGUGCCAUCCCCGCCUCCCGAGCCGGGCCCGGCCCGCCCCUUCCUCCGCGCCGCGCCCGCAGCCGCGAUCGGCGAUCCGCGAGCGGAGCUCCGCCAUGCCGAAACACGAGUUCUUCGUGGACAUGACCUGUGAAGGCUGUUCCAACGCGGUCACCCGUGUCCUGCAUAAGCUGGGAGGUGUCAACUUUGAUAUUGACCUGCCCAACAAGAAGGUGUUUAUUGACUCAGAGCACAGUGUUGACACCCUGUUGGAAACCCUCAAGAAGACUGGAAAGAAUGCUUCCUACCUCGGGGAGAAGUCUGCAUAGUAGCCUUGCCUUGUGUGAGGAGCUAGGUAUAUACCAGCUGUAUCCAGUGUGAAAGAGAGACAUCUGAGCUUUUUCCAGCUCUCCCAGUAAAACAGCAUCUUCCUGGAAAGCACAAAUUUAAAAAGACUUGCAGGUCCAGCUUCAGCAAACCCCUCAUAUCAGAGAAGCAGCUGGAGCACACACAGGCUGUUCUGCACAGCCUUUGUGAUCCCAGCCUUGGCUGUAGUGGAGAGGUAGAACGCAGCCUCUGUGCCAUUCCCAGGUGAACUUAAGGUUUGCCAGAGCAUAUUGUGCAUGAAAACAAAACCCAAACACACUUAACAGCUGGCCAGAGAGAGUGGUGGGCCCCAGGGAGGGCAGUGGGACACAAAGACCCCUUUGGGGGUGUGAUGCUGUGGGGUAGCUCUCAGCACAAGGAUCUCCAACAGCUGAUUCUCUUGAUAAGGCUGUUAAUCCUCCACUACACUCAAGGAUGGACAAACAGCAGCUCCCUGGCACUGGAUGUUACAUGUUGGGUUUCAGAAUAGCUCCCAGUACACACAUUCCCUGGCCAACUGUCUACUCCAGUGACAACCUGAUUGUUACAGCCUGUCAAUUUUCCCAGAAUUCCAGCAUUAUGAAUACAUGUACAAAACUCUGCUGACUGUAAAAUAUAUUGGCAGACUAGGUUCAAUUUCAGUGGAAAAGAAUAAAGUGGGAGAGGGCUGCCCACUCACUGCAUGUAUUGUUCAUUAAUGUGUAAAAUUAUUACAUGGCAUCUCCUAAGAA